AUGCGGGAGACCGAAGAGAGGAGGCACCGCGGGAAGGGGCCCGAGGACUUAUGGGAAGAUGCAGAGGUGCUGCGAUGGGUGAAGGGAGAGACUGAAGCUGAGGACGUGGGAGACGUGGGAGAGAGAGCAAGAGCGCGGGGCAGGCAUUACCGAUGGUAUCAGCAGCAGCUGCAGGUGGAGUCUAAGGAAGGCUGGAAGAUGGUGCCCGCGCCAGACCUCCGAAAGGCUCUCAUAGAAAAGGUGCAUGCGGAGUUGGGACACUACGGCCAUGUGAGGACUGCCCAGCUGCUGACCACAGGAUGGUGGUGGGCCGGCAUGCAGAGGGACGUAAAGAGAGUCGUGGUAGAGUGCGAGCUAUGCAGCCGGAACAAGGCCACACUGGAAAGGGAGCAACAGGAGCUGCAAUCACUCCCGAUCCGCGGGUUGGGAUACCGAUGGUUGCUGGACCUGGCAGGAGAGUUGCCGCUGAGCCGCAGGAACAAGCGGUACGUGCUCGUCAUGAUCGAGCACGUCUCCAAGUGGGUGGAAGUGCGUGCGCUCAGCAGCAAGAGCGCGGAGCUGAUCGCCGAGGCGUUUACCGAUCAGGUGCUGACGCAUUUCGGAGCAUGCGGAGAGGUACUGAGCGACCAGGGGACAGAGUUCAGGGGAGCAUUCGAUCAGCUCCUAAAGCGAGUGGGGAUCACGCACCGCCGGACCUCGAGGUAUCACCCGCAGGCAGACGGGCUGACCGAGCGCAUGGUGCAGACGAUCAAGAAGGGGCUGCGAGCCUACGGAGAAGAGCACAAGAGGGAUUGGGAUCAAGAGUUGCACUGGGUCGCGGCUGGGUUCAGCAAGCAAGCAGCCCUGAGGGACUACUCGCCAUACUACCUCUUGUAUGGGAAAGAGCCUAUGCUGCCUGUGAACACCCCAAAGGUGCUGACGGGGAUCGUGAAGGCCGGAAGCCCUGAGAAAUGGGCAGUGCUGGCAGAUUGCCGAGCGAGGUACCUAAAGAAGAUCAUGCCAGCAGCACUCGAGAAUCUGCACACGGCACAGCUGCGGGACGCGAAGAGGUACCAGCAGAGGCAACUGCAGACCGGAAAGGGAAUCAGCAAGGGAGUAGAAAGCGGAACAGAGGUGUACAUCCGCAAGGCCAAGAAGGACACCCUAGACGUGGGCCUCUCAGUGGAGCGAUGGGUGGUGAAAGAGGUAAAGCCGUCCGGGGUGCUGGUGCUCGAGACCGAGGAGGGCAAACAGAGGGAUGACCACAUCACCAACGUGGCGCGCGCAGCAGGGAGCAAGAUGCAAGGAGUUCCUAAGGACCAGCAGCAGGAGCCGAGCAGGUCGCGGAAGGGGGCAAGUGGGUAG